UCACAAUUCUAGUGACUGAAACAAUUCUUUCUAAAUGAACAGGCUUCAAUGGUGAGGUUUGAUCUAAUUGUAAAAUACAGAAUAUUUGAAGGACUGGGUUUAUGAUGUUAUUGUUCAAAAGGAGGCAGCAGAGAAUCUGGGAGUAUAAUUUCCAGAAACACCUGAGCUUUCAAAUUAAGAGCAAACUCAGAUACUCUCAAGUUAACUACACACUUAAAACUCUUUGAGAAAAUGAAGUCUUCUAACCAGUUUUCAGAGUCAAUGGGUGGUGCAAAGGGAUACCUGGUGGCUCAGUGAUUAAGAGCUCAACUCUUAACCAAAAGAUUGGCUGUUAACCAAAAGAUGGGCAGUUCAAACCCACCAGCCUCUCCAUGGGAGAAAGAUGUGGCAGCCUGCUUCCAUAAAGAUCACAGCCUUGGAAAUCCUAUGAGGCAGUUCUACUCUGUCGUAUGGGUUGCUACAAGUUGCAAUUAGCUCGACAAUAAAGGGUUGGGUUAUGUGGUGGAAACAGCAUAACCAAAAGGUUGGAGGUUCAAAUUCAAAUAGAGGUGCUUCAGAAGAAAGGGCUGGUGAUCUAGCUCCAAAAAAUCGGCCAUUGGAAACCCUGUGGAGCACAGUUCUACCCUGACAAACAUGGGAUGGCCAUGAGUUUGAGUCAGCUCGACAGGUUUUUUUUUUUUUCUGAACCAGGUGUGAUGCUAUGUGAAGAGACUGUUAGAAUUAAAUCCUAGAUGUAAAAAUACUGUACAGGCUUGAUAGUUCCUAAAAAAUAAAACAGCACAUGUUUCCACUUUUGUAACACUGGAAAAAUAUAUGAUAUAUGGAAGCUGCUCAAAAAAAUAUUCGGUGAAGGAAGGAAAUAAGUAGAGGAAACUGAGGGAAAGAAUUAUUUCAAUAUUACUAGAAUUUAGAGCAUUAAGAAAUUUCAUUCAAUAUGUCUGUUUCGCUUUGCUUCAGAACCACCAACAACAUGAAAUCAGCAAACCACACAGGUGUCUCAGGAUUCCUCCUUCUGGGCCUCUCUGAGGAUCUGGAAGUGCAGCCCUUACUCUUUGGACUCUUCCUGUCCAUGUACCUGGUCACUGUGCUUGGGAAUCUGCUCAUCAUCCUGGCUGUCAUCUCUGACUCCCACCUCCACACCCCCAUGUACUUCUUCCUCUCCAACUUGUCCUUUGUCGACAUUUGUUUCACCUCCACCACAGUCCCCAAGAUGCUGGUAAACAUCCAGACAGAGAACAGAGCCAUCAGUUACACAGGCUGCCUUACUCAGGUCUAUUUUUUCAUGGUUUUUAUAUGUAUGGACAAUUUACUCUUGACUGUGAUGGCCUAUGACCGGUUUGUGGCCAUCUGCCACCCUCUGUAUUACACGGUCAUCAUGAGCCCCUGCCUCUGUGGCCUGCUGAUUCUACUCUCCUUCUUCAUUAGCAUCAUGAACGCCUUGCUCCAGAGUCUGAUGGUGUUGCAUCUGUCCUUCUGCACAGACCUGGAAAUCCCUCACUUCCUUUGUGAACUUGCUCAGAUCCUCAAGCUGGCCUGUUCUGAUACCCUCAUCAAUAACAUCCACGUGUACUUAGUGACUAGCCUCCUGGGUAUCGGUCCUCUCUCUGGGAUCAUUUUCUCUUACAUUCGAAUCUUCUCCUCUAUCCUAAGAAUCCCAUCGACUGGUGGCAAGUAUAAGGCUUUUUCCACCUGUGGGUCUCACCUAUCUGUUGUUUCCUUGUUCUACGGGACCUGUGUUGGGGUCUACCUUAGCUCUGCAGCUACUCUAUCCUCUAGGAAGAGAGCAGUGGCCUCAGUCAUGUACACCUUGGUCACUCCUAUGAUGGACCCCUUUAUCUACAGCUUGAGGAACAAGGACAUGAAAGGGGCCGUCAGAAAACUUAUUUCUGUGAUAACUUCCUGUUUUUGA